UCUGAUUCAUCAAAAAAUAGUGAAAGGUGUGUUAAUUCAGUCGCAAUGAGUGCAAAAGUCGAAUUAAAAUGGGACCCCAAAGACUGGGAAGUGAAAUCCAAAGCUGUGGAAAAACAACUCGAACCCCUAGUGUACCACGUGACAACUCUAAUGGAUCCGGGGAAAUCCCCCAAAAAAAGGCGUGGCAAAUCGAAAAAAUCCACAGUUCUUGUGAGUGUUUUAGAAAAAUCAAUCACCAACUUCAUGGAAAAAGGCCAACAAAUCGCUGAUGAAAACCCCCAAGUCGCCCAAGAACUAACAACAGUGAUCGAGGAAAUUCGCUCUACCGGAAAAGUCAUGAUUGGGGCAUCUGGCGACUUCGUCGCCAACCCUUGCAACACCACCCAACGUAGCGAGUUGAUUAAAUCCGCCCGAAAUCUCCUAAGAUCCGUCACGCGUCUUUUAAUCCUCGCUGAUAUGCUCGACGUGCAACUCCUCCUCAAAACCACUCAAAGUGUCGAAGCUGAUUUGAGGAAACUCCGAGAGGUAAAAUCACACUCCGAGCUUGACAAAACCUUCAAAAAUUUCACACUAAACGCCAAUAAUUUGAUCCAACAAGCGGCGAAACGCCAACACGAUUUGGGAGAUCCUCAAAUGCAAGAUGAUUUAGCUGCGGCAAGAGCCAUCCUCAAAAAAACCUCAACUAUGCUUCUAUCAGCGACUAAAGUCCAUAUUUCGCAUUCGCAAAUCAUUGAAGCGCGGGAAAAUCGUGAGGAGGUUUUGAGGCAAGUUUGUGAGGCAGUUAGCACGAUUAGUAAAGUCGCAAAAGGGGAUUUUGAGGAGGGAGGAAGCGACAACAAAGCAGGAAAACUUGCAUUGAAUUUAGAACAGUUUCAACACAUUAUUAAUGCCAAACACGAUAAAAUAACCCUCGAAAAACAACUCGAUGAGUUAAUCAACGAUGCCAAACUUAUUUCAGGCUCAGAAAGUAUUAAAAAUGAACGAAGAGAGAAAAUUUUAACCGGUUGUGAGGCACUUAAAGACGCCUUGCAACAUCUAUUUACAAAAAUGGAUGAGAAGGAAGUUACCAAAACCAAAACCAAUAUUGGUAAUAAAACCAAAAGUUUGAAACGUCAAUUAUGCAAAGCCGUAGCUGACCAAAUCACCUCUGUUUUUGCCCCCACAAAUGACCCCUUUUUAGCCCUCUAUCACGCAGCUCAAACUGGAGACCUCAAACAAGUUGAAAUUUGCACUUCCACUUUCACACAAUACUGUUCCAAACUUGUCGAAGUCGCAAACCAAGUCUGUCAACUCUCCACGAACGAAGAUGGGGUCAAAAUGGUGCGCCAUGCUGUCUCACUGGUUGAAAUCCUGCGCCCCCAGGUGAUCAACGCAGCUCGGAUUCUGGCACAACAGCCCCAAAGUCUUCACGCCCAAGAAAACAUGGACAUGUUCAAAAACGAGUGGGAGAAUCAAGUGAAAAUUUUACUCGAAGCUGUUGAUGAUAUAACAACAGUGGAUGAUGUUUUAUCAGUUUUGGAAAACUACAUUCUUGAUGAUAUGAAUCAAUGUCUUGCAGCGUUGCAAGACCGAAAUCCGGAGGAAAUUCGCGAAAUUCUUGACAAUAUCAAAAAUCGGUCCAAGAGGAUUUGCGAAAUGGUCACUUCUGAAAUGGACAAUUACGAUUCUUGCCCCUAUACUAAGCAAGUUUUGAAAGCUAUUAAAGUCCUAAAUGACAGAAUUAAAGAUUUUGAAAGGAAAACUGAAACGAUGAUCAAAAUCAUCAACAAUGGACAAGAAAUUGACGAAAAUGAUUUUAUCGACACGGCGAGACUCAUCCACGACGGAGUCAGAGAAGUCCGAAGGGCUGUACUUAUGAAUCGAGCCGACGAUGACCUAGACCCUGAAGAAGUUGAAAUUGAGGAGAGCCACUCGAUGGAGACCAGAGCACAACCCGAAGAAAACGACGAAGAUGUGGGCGGAAUUACUGUUGUUAGACAAGCGUUGAGUAAACUUCCCGAAGAGGACAAGCGUAAAAUAAUGCAACAUGUGGAAGACUUCCACAGCGAGAAAGUAACUUUUGAUCAAGAAGUGACGAAAUGGGACGAUGCUGGUAAUGAUAUCGUGGUACUUGCGAAAUACAUGGGAAUGAUAAUGAUUCAAAUGACUGAUUUUAUCAAUCAAAAAGGACCAUUGAAAACCACCAAUGAUGUUAUAAACGCAGCGAAUAAAAUUUCCGAAACUGGGAAAAAACUAGUCGAUCUUACGCAACAAAUCGCUGAGCAAUGUGCUGAAAGCACAACAAAAAAAGAUUUAUCGGCGUAUUUGGAACGUGUGACACUUUAUUCCCACCAAAUUAAUAUAAUAGCAAAAGUGAAAGGUGACGUCCAAACUACCAAUAACGAAGAAUUGAUUUUAACAAGAGUCGAAAGUGCGACAUCUCUUAUCGAAAACGCGAAAAACUUAAUGAAUGCUGUGGUGCUCACAGUCAAGGCUUCCUAUGUCGCUACAAAGUACACCAAGAGUGCCAACAUCCAAUCACCGAUAGUGUGGAAAAUGAAAAUCCCCGAAAAGAAACCGUUGGUACGCCUGGAAAAACCCAAAGAGGUGCGAGCUGUGGUGAGGAAAGGGUCACAAAGGAUGCCACAACACCCCAUUAAGGCUUUGGCCGAAUUUGAAAUGUAAUUUUGUUUAUUAAUUUCAAUAAAAAAAAUUAAUUUCUAA